UUCAGGUAGUCGCUUCGGCUGGUGUUGCCAGGACAUCGUGGGUGUUUGGAAUCCGAACCCUUGGAAUUGUGGGUGUCCGUGGGCGGAAGUCGCGGGGCCCUGGCGUGCGGAGUGCAGAGCUUCUGCGGUGCGCUGUGAGGUGUGAGGCCUGCCAGAGGUUUGCCUCGUGGAUUUGGUAAGGACCGGUAGUUGCCAGACCUCUGGGGGAUGCCGAAUCAUUCACACUGCCAAUUUGAUCAACAUAACCAAGCUGGCCUCUGUCCUGCAACUCUCCUUGGAUCCUCCACAUGCUCACGUGUCUUCAGAAUCCUGAGAAAGUCAGAGGCAGACCAAGAGCAGAAACCACAGAGGACAUGCCUACUGACAUGACUUUCUGCCAGAAGGCCCAGAGACUGGAAACAGGGGAGCAGGACGGAUCCUGUGAGAGAUUGGUGACCUUUGAGGAUGUGACGGUGGACUUCAGCCAGGAGGAGUGGCAGCACCUGGACCCUGCCCAGAGACGCCUGUACCAGGAGGUGAUGCUGGAGAUCUACAGCCACCUCUUGUCAGUGGGUGAACUGCAGCUUGACACACCACAGCAACAAAUUUGUGUGAAAGCUUCGUUUCUAAAUGAUGCAGCCAGUGAAAUCACAAGACACGGUGCAUAUUGUUUCAUUUUGGAGAAACUGUGGCAGGAUGGUGAUACUACUACAAAGACAGAUCCACAAAGCCAAAUACUGCCCAUAAGUCCUGGUGCUUUCCGAAGCCAGAAAACCCUAACUGUAGAUAGUGCUUGUGACUAUGAAGAAACCGGAGAACCGAUUCUUUUGGGGCCCCACCUCAUUUCUUCGCAAUACGUACCUCCAAAAGGUUUCUCGUUUGCAAAAAGUUUGAAGCCUAACCUCGGAGCAAAUUGUGACAGUCAAAGCAGUGCCACAAGGCAGCUUGGUGAUGUUCUUGGACCUCACCAGUUUUUUACACAAGGCUCUUUUCAUGGUGUGUGUGCAAUUCCUCACCAAAGUGAGAAAUCAUACAAUGCGAGUCAGUUUGGAAACCUUCUUUCUCCUCAUCCACCACUUAUGGAGCAUGAAAUUAAUUUUCAAGACAAACCAGUUGAAUAUGCUGGAUGUGGGAAGGUCCUCGCUGGUGAGUCAGCUUUCUGUCAACAGCAAAUAACUAACAACAUGGAACCAUCUUUUAUCUGUCACACUUGCGGGAAAACCUUUCUCCACAAGUCUAAAUUGACCUCCCAUUCAGAAACUCACAGCAUAGAGACUCCUUAUCAGUGUCCUGACUGUGCAAAAUCUCUCAUGGGUGCGGCCAGCCUGCAGGUGCACCAUGGAAUCCACAUAUUGGAGAAACCUUAUGAAUGCCAUGUGUGUGGGAAGUCAUUCAGUUACACAUACCACCUAAAGGUGCACCUUCGAACACACACUGGGGAGAAACCUUACGCGUGUUCUGACUGUGGGAAGGCCUUCAGCCAAAAGUCAGUCCUCACCAUACAUCAGAGAAUUCACACUGGGGAGAAGCCUUACACAUGCAAUGACUGUGGGAAAAUGUUCGUUUGUGCAUCAGAUCUGACAAAGCACCGUCGAUUUCACACAGGAGAAAAGCCUUAUGAGUGCCCUGACUGUGGGAAAUCAUUCAGUAUUAAAUCUAACCUGCUUGCACACCAUCGAAUUCACACCAGUGAAGGAGCUUACAAAUGCUUUGACUGUGGGGAAUCAUUCAGGAAAAUAUCCCAGUUGAAGGUACAUCAUGAAAUUCACACCGACGGUAGAUCCUUUGUGUGUUCGGACUGUGGGAUGGCCUUCAGCCAAAAGUCAGUCCUCAGCACACACCAGAGAAUUCACAGUGGGGAGAAGUGCUACCCGUGCAGUGACUGCGGAAAGCUGUUCCUCUACGCCUCGGACCUGAAGAAGCACUGUCGCCUUCACACGGGGGAGAAGCCCUACAAGUGCCACGAGUGCGGGAAGUCAUACAGGGUGAAGUCACACCUGCACGUGCACCAGCGCACCCACACCGGGGAGAGGCCUUUCAAGUGUGGCGACUGCGGGAAGUCCUUCCGGAGAAACUGCCACCUGCAGAUGCACCAGAAGACCCACACCGGGGAGAAGCCUUACAAGUGCUCAGACUGCGGGAAGUCCUUCCGGCGGGCGUCCCACCUGAAAGUGCACCAUCGAAUUCACACCGGGGAGAAGCCCUACGUGUGUUCCGAGUGUGGGAAGUCUUUCAACGACAGGUCGGUUCUCAGCACACAUCAGAGAACUCACACGGGAGAGAAGCCUUACAUAUGCAGCGAGUGUGGCAAAGCCAUGGCUUCUAAAGCCAAUCUCAAAGAGCACCAACGAAUUCACACAGGCGAGAAACCGUAUAUGUGCGCUGAGUGUGGGAAGGCCUUCAGUGAUAAGUCUUCUUUCUACAGACAUUGUAAAAUCCACAGUAGGGAGAAAGCUUUUGUGCGAAACAAAGGUGAGAAGGGCUUCCUGCAGAAUUCACAAGUGACAUCCUCUGAGCAGACUCGCGGUGCAAAGAGCCUCUAGUGAUAAUCUGUCUUUGGGAAAUCUGUCUGUUGUUGUUGUGUGUCGCUGAAGGUGUGUAGUCAAGGUCACAUACUCACAUUACUGACGCUUUGGGAAAUUGUUCAGGAACUCUGGGUGCACCAUCCUGGGAAUGUGUUGUGGAUGCAGAAAGUCCUUCAAGAUCAUAAUGUUUUAGUAGACUCCAGUGCUCUCACCAGGCACUCAUCUGAUCAUAUAAAAGAAUUUAUUGUGGAACCAGGUCCUCAUCCAUAUCCAUCAUCAAAAUAUUCUUGAUUUUCAUGAAAAAUAUUUUAUUACAGACCUAAAUAGGACUGGGGAUAUCAUACUCCGUUGGUAAAUUCUUUGUUUUCUGGACACCACAAGCGCACACAGGUAUCUGCCCAUGGUACGUACACAAACCUAACCACACAAGCCAUGGUUCAUAGUUAAAAACUAUGCACUGCUUAUUUAAACAUACACAUAAUUAUAUGGGAGAGAAAUAUUAAUGAACUUGCAGGGAGAAGCACAAAUGCCUGUAGGCAUUUUAUGGACUGUCAGUUUCCUUGCAUGUUGAAGAAGUUUUAAGGUAAUCCUUCUGUAGUUAAUGGUCCAAUGGUUUCUAUAGUAUUUAUAGAAGAGUUUCUUGGAAAUUACAUCAGUGGUUUCUCUGUUUAUUGUGGGAUACUGUUUUUUUGUUUUGUUUUGUUUUUUAAUUUGAGACAGGGUCUCACUGUGUAGCUCAGGCUGUCCUGGAACUCACUGUGUAGACCAGUCUGGCCUCAAAUUUCACAAUACUUUCCUCGUUUCUGUCAAGGAAAGGAUGUAGUUGCUGGCCUUAUCCAUACCAUGAUGGCCAGCAGACAGUGUAGCUAGUUUUGAUUUCCUAGCCUUUCAUUGUAUUCUCCACCACCAUGUCCAGUUUCAGGUUUCUGGAGAUCAUCACCUUCAGGGUGCCAUUUUUGAGAGACAGAAACCCAGAACGUUCACAAACGCCUGCCAGAAUCUCCACAGCUCGUUUGUGCUGGUGUGAGUAAUGCUUCUCCAUGAUUUAUGUCCCUCCAGAACCUCAAAGUGACCUUGUGGAAAUGGCUUUACUAUAGAAGUGACUUAGUAUGCAGACAUUCUUGUGACAAAGCCAACAAUUUUGAAAGACAGGACCUAGAGGCAGAGAUGUCAGUGAGAGCUCCAAACCAUGGACUGUUGACCGUCAGCAGCAGAAGCUAGAAAAGUUAACAGGAUGCUUUCUUUCUUGGGAGUUUCCAAAAUGAUCUGUCUCUCGGCCAGUACUGAGAUUUCCACACUCUGGUCUCAAACAUGGUGAGAAAAUAAGUUUCUGUUGUUUUGCCACCUAUUCUAAAGCAAUCUAGGAAAACCAGUAGCAGGCUCUGGGGUACCCAGAUACUCCUGCCCACCUUCCUGCUUCUCCUGUUACAUCUCACUCCCCUUUUUAGUCAUUCUUUUCUCAUCCACUGCUCCUGAAUUUUCUGUGCACCCUUGUCCUCACUCUGGUUCCCAUAUUUUUAACUCCUCUUUCGCUAAGCUAAUCCCAUAUUGCUAUUCUUCCCAUGAAGCAAUGACCCUAGCCUACCAGGUGUCUGCCCCUUGUAGUUCUCAAACCUGUAUCCCUCAUUUUUCUCUCAUUGAGGCCCUCUAGACAUGAAUAUUACUUCUUGGAUCAGACCAUGUAUUUCCUGUGUGUUUAUUUCAGUUGUGUUUGUUUCUUUCUUUGAAACUGAGUCUCAUGUCAUUGAGGCUACAUUAGAUUCUAAUUUGCUGUAGAGCAGAGGAUGGUCAUGAAAUUUUGAAUCGUCUGCUUCCACCUCCCAAGUGCUGGGAUGACAAGGGUGUGCACUACCUUGGCCAGAUGGUAUUUUUAUAAUGUCCCCCAUCCAACAUGUACAUAAGUGUAAAUCUGACUACCCUGUUGAAAGAUGAGGCUGUGUUCCUACAAUCUCCAAGCGCAAUGGGAUCUUAUUCUGUUUCGGUGGGUGCAAUAUAAUGGAAGUAACGCUGUUUGAAGCCACACUGAAAGCUGUGGAGCAUCUGCAUUGUUUAUCCAAAUGCUUAUCCUUGGAGCCUUCCCCUGCCAUUUAGUAAUUCAAGUCAUGUUGAGGCCAGUAUACUAUAAGAAAACCCAGUUGAGCCGACGUCGAGAGGCCCAGAGAUGGACAUGAAGGACAUGAGGAUUGAUCCAGGAUGUUAUUCCUUUGGUUGGUACUCCAGUUACAUCUCAAAUGCUGUAUGGGAAACCAUACCACAACCACUCAGAUGAUCCUCCCCAAAUCCCCGACUUAAUGUAAACCCUGAAAGGUAACAGCAACGCUGGAACAUUAAGAUCUACCUUCCUUUGUUGUUGGAGCAACAAGUGACCAGAAUAUUUCUCCCUUGUCUGCACCAGCCAUGCCUACACCCCUGUGCUUCCAGGGGCUGCUGUAUUUCUCAGGGGCUUUGCCAAGUCCCUGAGUUGGACAGGUGGUUAGAAGUAGAGACCCACCUGCAAGCUUACUAUUUAGGGUGAGAUGAUGGGGCAGUGGGGAAGACCCUCCUCACUGAUGUCCACAGGUUCGGCCUAGCUCAGAUUGCAUUAGGCAUUGCAGUGCCGAGCAAGGGUAGUUCUCUCAUUUUUAGCCUGCCUUUUUUUAGGAGGUGGAUAAAGGAGGUAGGUGUCAUUGAUGAUACUUUGGUUAGAGGGAUACACCUACAAGUACCAUUGCACCCAGAAAUGACACCGGGAUACGUGUGCUGCUACAUCCUGGAAAAUCACACGGACGUUCAUUCUUCCUAUUGCAUACAACUCGGUGUUGACCAUCGCCCUGUGAGACCUGUAGCCAGCCUUGUUUUACUGGCCUUGAAGACAUCACAGGGCUGAGGCCAGAGUGAAGGUCAGCCCAGGGUACUGGGUGCAGCGGUGGGAAACUGGCAGUUGCUUUCAGUGUAUGUCCAGCUUGUUUUCCACCGAGCCCCCAAACACUUUCCUAGUGAGCAACAUGAAUUGUGAUGUGUAGUGUGGGAAUUGACUAUCAGCCAUGCUGGGUUGUGGUACUGGGGCAUCCAUCAUGCAUAGGCUAUGCUGUGACACUAGUUCAGCGCUAUUUUAUGACCAAGUCUGCUCAUGUCUCCACGACGUGGCAUGAAAGCAUCCCAUAACAUUUGUUCUGGAUCUGAGCACCACCCUAAGUAACAACAGGCUCAGCUAUUCCCCCCUCCCGCCCAGCUCCUCUAACCCAUCAUGGAUGUGUCUGUCUAUAACCUCCCUAUCAGAAGAGCAACUUGCUGAGGGCAGGGCUGAGAACUCACUUGUGUUGGAGUCCCCUCAGAACCCAGGACCCAGCUUUGCCUUCUCCAAAACAUCUUAGAGGAGCAUUAAAUAUGGAAGAUGAGGCAGAGCUCAAGAAACAUCUUUAUGGCCACCACAAUUUCAUCUGCUAGGGAUCUGGUUUUCCUGUAGAAGUAGAUAAGGCUGAAGUCAACUGCUAACUAAUGUCAGGAUUUGGAUUUAUGUAUAUCAUCAGCUCAGAUGUCACCCAGUCUCAAUUACAGAAACAGGAAUGUCUCACUUUUUAUACUUAACAUUUGUGUCUCAUAAUUCAUCACCAGAACAAAACCAAAGUGCUUUGUCCUGCCUUCAGUAGGUAGAAACUUAAUGUUUGAUAUCCAUCAAGAGUUGUCUACCCAUCAUAAAGGACAUGACCAUGAUUCUCAGAAUUAGAAUGACAUGAUCCAGCUACAUUUUGCAUUUAGGAACUGGUCUAAAAGACAUACACACAUAAUACAAAUACAAGAUUUCUACAGCAAAAAGAAAUCAGUUUUGGCUGCCCAUCAAUACAAGAUUUCCAGAGAAUUGGUGCCAUCUGUGCUGCUGGCAUCCAGCUAACCCUUGACACUCCAGCGAACAAACCCAGGAUUAAGGUAUGCUCUAUGGAGAUGGGUCGUUUCUGGGAGAGAAACUGAGCAAGGUACUCUGGGAUCACUACUCUGUCUUCUGAAUAUUGCCCGUGUGGUUCCGUUUCCCGGAACAGUCCCAUAAACUUGAGCAAAUAAAGA